AUGGCAUCAACGAGAACCUCAACUUUCGUGCUCCCGGGCGACCGACUCGACCCCGCAUCGCUGCCCUCACAUCCAACUCUUCCAUUGAAGCUUGGUCCCGGUUUGCGCCAUAUCCCUCCAAACACCAUCACACCCACCGUCGCAGGCCAGCUAUGUACAGAUAAGAGAAAAAAUGCGGUUUGGGUAGAGUUCAAUGGCGGUCGCGUAUGCAAUUCCAUUCCAAUCUUAUCCUCACGGUCACCUAGAAUGACGACUGAUUCAUUCUUUUGCAGUACAUUCCUACCACCGGUGACUUGGUGAUUGCGACCAUUCAAAACUCGGCGGUAGACAUCUUCUACGCGAGCGUCAGCGAUUAUGCCCCCAAAGCAACACUUCCCCAGCUCUCUUUUGAGGGCGCGACAAAGAAAACACGACCCCAGCUCUCCUUCGGCGCCCUAGUAUAUGCACGAGUCACCCAUGCGAAUAAGCAUAUGGAUCCAGAGUUGGAAUGUGUAUCGCAGUCAACGGGAAAGUCUGAAGGCUUGGGUCCGCUUACUGGCGGAAUGGUUUUUGAUAUUUCCCUGGGCAUGGCAAGGCGUCUUAUGUUGCCCAAACCAGUUGAGCAAGGGGCGUUGGUCAUUUUGGACGAGCUAGGAGGUCAGGGCGUUGCAUUUGAGAUAGCUGUUGGUCGAAAUGGGAAAGUUUGGGUGAACAGUAAUAGUGUAAAGGGCACCAUUGCGAUCGGAAGAGCCAUCCAGGAGACCGACGAAAAGGCAUUAAAAAUCGAAGAGCAGAGGAAACUGGCAAAAAAGGUGGCAAGAGAAAUAUGA